AUGCGAUCGGGAGCCGUUGGUCGAUCACUUACUGCACUCGUUCGCGAUGUGCGUCGUAUCAUGGAACCAUAUACCGCAACUCAUUUAAAGGAACGACGAACGAAUCGUUUAAAAGAUUUUGUUGCGGUGGCAGGUCAACUUAGCAUUACCCACUUUUUGAUCUUUAGUCGUACCGAAGCCAAUGUCAACUUGCGCAUUGCUCGUGUGCCCCGAGGUCCUACAUUAACGUUCCGAGUCGCCGAAUACGCUCUUGCCAAAGAUUGUUUGGCACUUCAAAAGGCGCCCAAAACUUCUUCGGCAAAGCACGAAUCCAGCCCGUUGUUGGUCCUCAAUAACUUUAAGCAGGAUGGCAAACAGUUCAAGGUCAUGACUGCUAUGUUACAAAACAUGUUCCCGUCAAUCGAUGUUCAAACUGUUCAAUUAUCACAAACUCGGCGUGUACUUUUAUUUAACUACAACGAAGAUACGGGCAUGAUUGAUGUACGACAUUACGCUAUUGGCGUCAAGGCAACGGGCGUAUCCAAAUCCAUCAAGCGGAUCAUCAACACCGAAGUACCCGAUCUCAGCAACUUUGAUGAUAUCUCUGACUACGUUUUGAAAGAAGCCAUUGUUUCUGAAAGCGAUGUUGAGGAUGGACCCGAUUCUGUAGUGACGCUUGCACAGAAUUACCCAGGCCGCAACAACCGGAAAAAUGAUCAACGUGCUGUGCGUUUGCAGGAAUUAGGUCCACGUCUGACGCUUGACCUCAUCAAGGUUGAAAACGGUCUUUGCGGUGGCGAAGUUCUCUAUCACAAAUAUGGUGAAUACUUUAAAACUUUUAAAAACACAUCUAUGUGUCAUCAUGACUAA